GAACACUCUCUUAAUAAAACCCAACUGAAAUGAGCACCAUAGGGUUGCUACAGAUGAACCUGCACCACGCGAAAUGAACAUCGGCUCCUUUCAGAAGGAAGUCGAACACUCUCUAAAUGAAACCCAACUAAAAUGAGCACCAUAGGGUUGUUACAAAUGAACCUGCACCAUGCGAAAGGAGCAUCGGCUACUUUGUGCAGGACCUUCGCCACAAAAGGACUGGCCAUAGCGCUUAUCCAGGACCCAUGGGCAGUCCGUAGGCAUAUAAAAGGCCAUCAGCAUCAAUCAAAUUUCAUCCAGAAGGACGUAGUCAUAAACUUGGUUAGUAACUGCAAAUCUAGCAAUUUACUAUUUAUAAUUGGUUGCGACGCUAAUGGGCAUGAUACCUUAUGGGAUAGUACUAACAUAAAUAGAAGAGGGCCAAUGCUUUUAGAAUACUUUAGUAGUAAUAACAUCAGCUUAUUGAACAAUGAUUCUAAACCCAUAUUAAUUAAUGCCAUUAGAAUUAAUGCCACUCUCAUCCUUCCUCCUGAAAACCAUGGAGAGACUCAUAGAUAUCUAUAUUCGUACAGAAUUGUCUAAAGUCAUCCUUUUCACAAAACUUAAAUCGCUUACUCCAAAGGGAAACCUACCAAAUUGGCUGUACAAAACCUAAUCAGAAAAAUUGAAAAGGCCCACAAAAACAAAGAAAUUGCGCUUUGUGCAUUUCUAAAUAUUGAAGGAGCGUUCGACAAUACGACUUAUGGCUCGAUCUCGAAUGCCUUAACUAACAAAAAUGUUGAUUUCAAUAUUAUUUCCUGGAUUGAGACGAUGCUUUAAAACAGAAAAAUUACAUUAACCUUAGGUAGCACGUCUGUAGCUAUUAAGGCCACAAAAGGUUGCCCACAGGGUGCAGUGUUUUCUCCUUUGUGGUUGUCGGUGGUUGUCAGUGAUUGUCGAUGAACCUUUAAUCUUACUGGAGAAUAUUGGUUGUGACGACAUUGAGUAUAUAGACAAUCUAGUUAAAAUAUUGUCUGGAAAGCAUGGUAACAGUCUAUCUGAGAUCUUGGUAGGAUACCUUUGACGCAUUUUAUUCCGCUCUAAUAU